CGGACGGCAGUUAAGUCUAGGCGCUAGAGCAGACACGCUCGUGCAUGCGACGUUAUCGCUGCAGAGCUGCUGCCGUGUUCAGGUAUAUAAAGCCAGGCGACCAGAGCAAAAACCCCAGAACCACCACACCGGACAAGCCAACAGCUUCGAUCACUCAAACACUCCCUUCAAGAACAGUCUACGCAACGCCAACCAUGCACGCCCCAACCCUCCUCCUCAGCACCCUCGCCCUCUUCACCACCAACGUGGCCGCCGCCGCUCAAGGCGUCGCAUCCCUCAGCAGCAUCGAGACGCACGCGCCCGCCAGCAAUGAGGACUUUGAGCGCAGCGUCAGCUUCAACGUCAAGGACACCGACUCCGCGGACCCGGUCACCGCGUUCUGCGGCGCGAGCUGGGACGUGAGGGAGCAGGAGUUCCCCACUGAAUAUACCCACUGCAACGCCACGUCGUGGGCGUGGUACGUGACGAGCUGGGGCGACGGGUUCGGGCUCGAGCUGCGGCACACGUACAUUGACCGCGAGGCGCGCAAGUUCCAUGAACGGUUUGGAAGCCCCCAGGUCAUGGGGCUGCAGAGCUGCUCGGAGGCGACGUCGCGCACCGGCGAUUGCGUGUAUUCGCCGUUAUCGGUGCCGUUUUAUCGCGAGAUUACUGGCCCGACUUCUUAGGGGUGGUGGGGGAGGAGUUAAUGUGGGGGUUGCAGGUGAGGGGGGGUUUGGUUUCUUCUUGUCGUACUUAUUCUUUUAUACUUGAUAGAGCUAAAUAAUGGAUCUUAUGACUGG